AUGGGAGUAAAGAAUCUUUGGAAGAUUGUAAAUAAUUUUGGUAAUGAAGUUAAUCAAUUACAAAAUAAAAAGUUAGCCGUAGAUACUUCUAUAUGGAUACACCAAAUAUUGAAUUCAUAUAUAGUUGAUGAUAAUUCUACUGCUAACAUCUACUCAUUUUUUAUUAAGAGAAUAAUUAGACUACUUUAUAACAAUAUAGAUCCUAUUUUUAUUUUUGAUGGAUCAUUUCCUGAAUUGAAAAAGAAUACUAUACGUGAAAGAAAAGAAGCUAAUCAAAAAAUUGAAGAAGCUAAAAUACUUCAAGGUAUCAAGGAAAAUAAAAAGUGUAUUAUUUGUAAUAAAAAAUUAAGAAUUUGUGAACAUGGUAGUCAGAUUAGGAAAGAUAUUCUUGAUAAGGUAGAUGUUGAUGCAGAAAUUAAAAUGGAAACACAUGAUUAUAAUUGGGGUGAAGUAUCUGAAGAAUUUGAUAAUGUAUUUGAUGAUAGAGAUUUGAUUUUAAAUAACCAAAUUGAUUUAAAAUUUAAUAUAAAUGAGUUGAAUACUCAACAUAAGAAAGUUCAAAAGUUGAUUAAUUUUAGAAAAAGAAGGAAAGCUGAAAUGUUUAUAGAUGAAACAAAUGAAGAAACACUCAUAGAAAGUCAAAUUAAAAACGUUACUAAUAGAAGUCAAGUUAGUCAUUUAAUUAGAGAAAUUAAUAAAGAUACAGGAAGAGUACAAAGUGAUUGUACAGUAUAUGCAGAAUUAAAAAAGAUUAAAGUUGAUAAGAAGAACGAAAUUUCUAAUGUUUAUAAUGAAAGUAAAAGUGUGAAAAUUGAUGAAGUAAAAAAUUUUAAUAAAAAGUAUAAAAAUAUAACUGAAAAAUAUAAGAAAAAAACUGAUUUUAUUGAAAGUACACAAAAUAAUGGAAUUAGUGUAAUAAAUAAAAAUGAUGAUGAAUUAAAUGAUGAAUUAAAAGAAUAUUUAGCUAAAAAGUAUAAAAAUGAAGGUUAUUUAGAAGAUGAAACUAUUUUAAAUGAAAACAGUGAUUUGCCAUCGGAAAUGGAAGGAGUUCAAAGGAAAUUAAGACACCUUCUUAAACUUCUUAAUAUUCGUUAUAUUAACUCUCCUUAUGAAGCUGAUAGUCAAUGUGCUAAACUUUAUAGAUUGGGUGUUGUUGAUGGUGUUAUUUCUGAAGAUAGUGAUCUUCUUUUAUAUGGUGUUAAGGUUUAUAAAAAUUUAUUCUCUAAGAAAACCCAAAUAAAGGAAUUUAAUUUAGAUGAAAUAUUAGAAGGAUUGACUAUUGAUUAUGAGAAAUUUAUUUUUAUUAGUUUAUUUCUUGGAUCUGAUUAUUGUGAUGGAGUAAAAAAUAUAGGUCCUGUUAGAGCUAUGUCGUUACUAAAAAACAAUUCAAUUAGAAAAUUAUUAAUUGAUUAUGAUUUGGAUGAAAGUUUAUUUAGGGAAAUUAAAAAUAUUUAUGCUAAUCCCACUGGAAAGAAAAUUGAUGGAUUUGAAAACGGUAUGUUUGAUUUAGACAAACUAGUAAAAUUUUUAAAUGAUGAAGAUGUAAAUGAUAUUGAAAUGUUUAUUUAUCAUUUGUCGAAAAUAAAUAAAACUAUUUAA